GCUCUGCAUCGCCCACACACAAACAGCAACGCGCACACAGGCGGACACUGUCCGCAAGCACAUACACGUGUGUUCGUUUACAGUUUUGCCGGACCCCGGGAGCACCCUCCGUCUACAAUUUCCUACCGGUAUGAGGGAACGAUUGUUGAAGAUUGUUUUCUCGCACUCAGUCGCAUCUCUUGGAUUCUCCUGCUCUUCGAAACCACGCACAGUACCCCCGCAGUUACACUCCUUCAAAAUCUCCCUCCAAAAUUUUUACUUCACAUUCAUCAGAUUCGGCACCACUUCUUCACCUGAUAAUCUCAAUGGAUUGAUCGAUCCCAACUGCGGUUUUCUGGAAAAUGAACCUCCUUCGCAGGAAAAUUUGCGGGUCAAGUCGGUUUCAGAGGAAGAAUUCGCCUUUCUGCGAGAUUCUUUGUACAGUUCUGGAAUUGAUAGUAUCUUCAUGGAGCCACAGAUUGAGUCCGGUAAGUGCUUGAGUGAUGCUUCCCUGAUCUCGAAUUUUAUUAGGAAUAAUAAUGAUGGAUUUGGGGACAAAACCCAAGAAUUUCUUCGGCAAUAUAGAGAGAAAUUGAAUGAAUCUUUGGUCGUUGACGUGUUAAAUCUUCUAAAAAUUCCUGAAUUGGGUGUGAAAUUUUUCAUAUGGGCCGGUAGACAAAUUGGUUAUCGUCACACUGGACCUGUUUAUCAUGCGUUGUUAGAGAUGUUGGGUGGUGAUAAAAAUGAUAGGGUACCGGAACAUUUUCUUAAGGAAAUUAGAGGUGAGGAUGAGGACGUACUUGAGAAGUUGCUUAAUGUUUUGAUUCGGAAGUGUUGUCGACAUGGGUUAUGGAAUGCUGCACUGGAGGAGCUAGGGAGGCUUAAAGAUUUUGGUUACAAGCCUUCAAGAAUGACAUAUAAUACAUUGAUUCAGGUGUUUCUAGAAGCGGAUAGGUUGGGUACAGCUUCGUUGGUUUACAGGGAGAUGUCAGAUGCAGGUCUUAAUAUGGAUGGGUUCACAUUGGGUUGUUUUCUGCAUUCUCUUUGUAAGCGGGGGAGGUGGAGAGAAGCUCUUGAGUUGAUCGAGAAGGAGGAUUUUGUACCUGACACAGUGAUUUACACAAAGAUGAUAUCUGGCCUGUGUGAAGCUUCUCUUUUUGAAGAAGCUAUGGAUUUCUUGAAUAAAAUGCGGUCUAGUUCUUGCAUUCCGAAUGUCAUCACAUAUAGGAUUUUGCUUUGCGGGUGUUUGAGAAAGGGAAAGCUGGGUAGGUGCAAGAGAAUUCUUAGUAUGAUGAUUACAGAAGGUUGUUAUCCGAGUUCUAAGAUAUUUAAUUCUCUUGUGCAUGCUUAUUGCCGGUCAGGAGAGUACUCCUAUGCAUAUAAGUUGCUCAAGAAAAUGGUAAACUGUGGCUGCCAGCCUGGUUAUGUGGUCUACAAUAUAUUUGUUGGUGGUAUAUGCGGGAAUGAGGAGCUACCUAGAUCAGAUUUGUUAGAAUUGGCUGAAAAAACUUAUAGUGAAAUGCUUGAUGCAGGUAUUGUACUAAACAAGGUCAAUGUUAGCAAUUUUAUACGGUGUCUUUGUGGGGCUGGAAAAUUCGAAAAAGCAUAUAAGGUUAUUCAAGAAAUGAUGAGUAAGGGUUUCAUACCUGAUUGUAGCACCUAUACCAAAGUCAUAGGUUUUCUUUGUAAUGCAUCCAAGGUAGAAAAGGCUUUUCUAUUGUUUGAAGAAAUGAAAAGAAGUGGUAUCACUCCAGACAUUUUUACAUAUACGAUUUUGAUUGAUAAUUUUUGUAAAGCUGGCUUGAUUCAACAGGCUCGCAAAUGGUUUGAUGAAAUGUCGAGAGAUGGUUGUGCCCCUAAUGUGGUAACUUAUACUGCUCUUAUACAUGCUUAUCUCAAAGCAAGGAAGUUAUCCACUGCAAAUGAGCUUUUUGAGAUGAUGUUGUUAGCAGGCUGUGUUCCAAAUGUCGUGACAUAUACUGCAUUGAUUGAUGGCCACUGUAAAGCUGGGGAUAUUGAGAAGGCUUGCCAAAUUUAUGACAAAAUGCGGGGAAAUGUGGAAAUUCAAGAUGUAGAUAUGUACUUCAAGUCUGAUGAAAGCAACGCCAGAGAACCAAAUGUUUAUACAUAUGGAGCUUUGGUGGAUGGUUUGUGCAAAGCUCACAAGGUUGAGGAGGCACGUGACUUAUUGGAUACAAUGGUAGCUGAAGAUUGUGAGCCAAACCAUAUAGUCUACGAUGCUCUUAUAGAUGGAUUUUGCAAGGUUGGGAAGCUUGAUGAAGCACAAGAGGUGUUCAUCAAGAUGUCAGAGCGUGGGUAUGGUCCAAAUGUCUUUACUUAUAGUUCUUUGAUUAACAGGAUGUUCAAGGAUAAGCGGUUGGAUCUUGCUUUGAAAGUAUUGUCCAAAAUGCUAGAAAACUCGUGUCCGCCUAAUGUUAUUGUUUACACAGAAAUGAUCGAUGGCCUUUGUAAAGUUGGGAAGACAGAUGAAGCCCAUAAGCUUAUGUUGAUGAUGGAAGAAAAAGGGUGCCACCCAAAUGUCGUGACGUAUACAGCAAUGAUAGAUGGUUUGGGAAAAGCUGGAAAAGUUGACAGAUGCCUUGAGCUUUUUGGAAAAAUGGGCACCAAGGGUUGUGCUCCAAAUUUUGUCACCUACAGGGUUUUGAUAAACCAUUGUUGUGUUGCUGGUCUUUUGGAUGAAGCUCAUGAACUUUUGGAGGAGAUGAAGCAGACAUAUUGGCCAAGGCAUAUAGCAGGCUACCGUAAGGUCAUUGAAGGUUUCAACCGAGAGUUCAUAAUCUCUCUUGGUCUUCUGGAUGACAUAAUUGAGAAUGAUAAAGUGCCAAUUAUUCCAGUUUACAGAGUUCUUAUUGAUUGUUUUUGCAAGGCUGGAAGACUGGAAAGGGCUGUGGAGCUCCAUAAAGAGAUAUCUUCUUCUACGCCAUUUUCACGUGCCAGCAAGAAUAUGUUUUCUUCUUUGAUUGAGAGCCUCUCAGCUGCAAGCAAGGUUGAUAAGGCAUUUGCAUUGUAUGCAGACAUGAUAAGUAGGGGUGGUAUUCCAGAGCUAAGCACCUUUUUUCAGCUUAUUAAAGGACUCAACAAGGCUAACAUGUGGGAGGAAGCUAUUCAUCUUGCUGAUAGCAUAUGUCAGACGGGUAUUAAUUGGAUCCCUGAAGAAGAAACAUCUGAAGGAACUUAGUGUAUAUAAAAAUGAUCCUUUUCCCCCCCUCCAUCUAUGUGCACUCUGAUUAGCCAUGGUGAAAUGGUUGCAUUGCUCAGGGUUCUCCUUGUUGAAUGAGUUAGCUGGUGGGGAAUUUCUCUACAUAAAUGAAAAGUUCAAGUGAUGAUUAACAAUUCAACAGCUUGUGUUCAAUACAGAUGGGAGCUGGUAGAACUGCUUAUUGAGUUCAAUACGGAUGGGAGCUGGUAGGACUGAUUUUUCACUGCUGCACCUUUUAAUUAAUCAUAAAAGCAAAAAGCCACAUGCACAUGCUGUACCCUUGAUUCCUACGGACAAUGUUGAUGGCAUGUCAUACAAAGGUUAGUAUGAUGUCCAUGAAUUUUUUGAGAAGUUCUAAAUAUAUAAAAAUGCUAGAUAUACAUUGCUAGCCAGGAACCAUAUUGCUUUGAUCAAGCUGUGAAUUAGCAUGGUAUUAGAGCCACUAUUGCUGGGAGGUCCGACGUUCAAUUCCCAAUGGGAGCAACACUAUCUUGGCACCAUAUGACAUGCAGGUCAAAUGAGGGGAGUGUUAGGGUUUGAUGUACAUUGUUGGCCAGUUAGCUGACAAGCGAAUAUCUUAGAUUAUGGAGGCUACUGUAAGCAAUUUUUAAUUGUUCAUUGUCUCCUCCUGCUGUGGAUUUACUGCAUCUGGGCUUCAUUGACAAAGUACAAGAGUUUACAAACAAUUGCAGCCCUUGGGAGGAAGACGAAGAUGAGUAAUAAGCACUGAAGGGAAAAGCUAGAGAUCCUGCUUGGUAUGGCAUUGUUGAUGUUAAGCUUGAAAAAAGAGGAGAUGGAUUGCCAAUGCUUGUACUCAGGAGAAGAUAAUUGACAAUUUUAAUGUGGAGAUGGACACUAUAAGUAAUCAUCUUGAUUUUGUCCGGCCAAGCAGAAAAAGGUAUCCAUGGUCAUGAAGAAGGCUGGUGACAAGGGUCAGAUAAUGAUGAUAUUGUUCCUGGUAGUUAGUUUAUUGCCCUUUUGUUCUGGUCUUCUUCACUUAGGGUAGAGAGCAAGAACAAGCCAUCAAUGUUGGUUAUAUACAGGAAAGAAAUCUGAUGUGGGGCGCAAGUGCUGCACUCUAGAUAAAGGAAUUAAUCCAUGACCUUGUCUUUUUGAAUAUAUUGGCACGUGGUCUUGUUGGAUGAGUGCAUUUUUUUCCCUCCUUGUUUCUUCUAACUUUUCUUUUUGGGGAGUGAGAAGCCAGUUAGGAUUGAUUGCUUUGCAGUUAAUGUGAAUGUAAGAAGGUUUAUAGGAGGCUGUUGGAUUAUUUGUCAAUAUCAUAUCAUAUUAUGUUUAUCCUUGACAAAAAAAUGUAAAUGCUCUCUUCUUACAUAGGACCCUUUGUCUUGUUACAUCAAAGCUAAUGUGAAAAUGCAUCUUUAACUAA